GAUGCUCCUCAGGUCUAAUGAAACUGCAGACACCACGGUUAACACUUCUGAUUUAAACUAAGAAUUUACGGCCCAGACCACAUUUUGUUGUUUAAUUCUUACAUUACCCAAUUAAUGGUUUACCGAUUUUACUACUGCUUACACCUCUAACGAAGAGUAUGUAAAUGGUACAUACUGUAACAUAAUUCUUAAAGUUAAUGAAGGGAUGGCAGGGGCUUUGAUAGCUACAAGAGCUCUGCGCUGCAUCUCUAAUCAGUCUGUUGCAAUACCUGGCUGUGUAUGGGAAAGGGCCCAUAAACGAAACAUAAUAAUCCACCGCAGAUUGUUUAGCACGGCUUCUAUAAAUAAUCUUAUUGAGCAUCAUAAACGGAUCAGAUGCUUGGUUCCAAAGACUACUUUCGCCCAGUUGGAUCCGAGUCAGGUGUUCACGAAUUCAGAACUCCGACUAACUGACAUAGAAGUUAUUGGGUUUGACUACGAUUACACAUUAGCUCCAUACAAUGGAGCACUGGAGGGUACAAUCUUCAACAUGAUCAUAGAAGGUCUUGUUUCUUCUAGACAUUACCCUCCCGAAAUAUCACAGUUAAAUUACAACCCUGAUUUUUUGGCAAGAGGUGUCCACUUCGAUAUACUGACUGGAGUUUUUAUGAAAGUGGAUGCAUACCAUAGGAUUGCUCCAGAUUCAGUGUACCAGUGUUUUAGGAAGUUGACUGAGAAGGAGAUACAAGACAUGUACCCAGGCAUGAGACUCUUUUUUCCUGGGGGCGACUCUAAGAGAUUCCGUCAAAUAGUGGACUUAUUUCAAAUACCAGAACUAUACGCGUGGUGCUCAGUACUAGACUACCUGCAGUCCACUCAGAGCACACCCCACCCCGUCCUAGUCUAUGAAGACAUCAAGAAUGUUACAUCAGAGUUGCACGUGCACGGCACGCUACACUCACAUAUCAUGCGUAAUAUAGAGGAAUAUAUAGAGCCAAACCCUAAGCUGGUAGAUAUGCUGGUCAUGUUGAGGAGGGAGAAUAAACAACUCUUCAUUCUUACAAACAGUCCGUACGAGUUUUUGAAUGUUGGUAUGAAGCAUAUAAUGGGUGAAAACUGGCGGAAAUCGUUUGACGUUGUGAUUUGCCAAUCGAUGAAGCCCAAGUUCUUUGAAGACAAGUACAGGGUGUUCCGGAGACUAACUUCUCAUAACACUCCUGCUUACGGACAAGUCACGGAGUUCAAGGAAGGUGAGGUAUACUGCGAGGGUAACGUGAGAGAUUUACACAGACUGACAGGCUGGCAGCCCUGCAAUAUUCUUUAUUUCGGAGAUCAGAUGUAUGCAGACUUGGCAGAACCUGUCCUCAAUCAGGGGUGGCACACAGGAGCUAUAAUAAGAGAGCUGGAGAAGGAAAUUGAGCUGUUGAACAGUGCGGAACAUCAGCACAACAUGUUCAUCCUCAAGGAACUUAAUAACUUGAUACGUGAAGUACAAAGGUUCUUACCCGACCCUACAGCAGUCCACUACACUGAUUUGUGGUGCAUCGAGAGGAAACAGGUCCGUGCAGAGCUGCGUAGACUGCACAUCUCAGAGUUCUGCAGUUCGUUCAGAACACACCUCAUGCCGACACUAUUCUACAGACGCUUGUCACGCUUUGCAGAGAUUUACACGUCUAACCUGACCAACCUGGCUCACUACCAUCCCUCACAUUACAGGUUCACGCCCGUUAGGCAGGACCUUCCACAUGAGAUAUCAGGCAACUCAGGUAUGUUAGACAACGAUUGAAAUUAUAGAAAUAUGACUGUCAAGAUAUUGUGUGGUGAUGAUAAGGAAACUUGCCCUGGGGUCGCUGUUCCUCUGAGCAAGGUGCUAGGAUCAUGUGCAUUGUGCUACUAUCCCCAUCCCGGAGUAUGCUAUUUCACAGAGUGUGAACCUGUCGAUGGAAUUCGCCAGAUUAGUAUGGCUGAGUGGUAUUUUCUUGUAGAUGUGGCAAAACGAAAAAUAACUCAGUUAUGGUGCUAUGGGAGUUCUCCAUACGAAUUGAUCAACUGCUCUCUUAAUUUUUUGAAUUGUUUCCUGAUUAAAAUGUUAACCGAUUCAAUCUCUGAAUUCCGUUUGUCG